UGGGUUGAGAUGGGGGAGGGGUGGACGUGCUUGUGCAUCCCUCUGGCUUGGGGAGGCGGGCGCUGCUGAGUGUUUGUGGGAGAACCCAACUGACCACCGUUUGUCUCACUUAACUUCCGUGCAAAAAUGGGCUGAGAUCCCCUCUGUAAAGCGCUCGGUAUGGGGCCCGAUCUACAGGAAGCGCCCCCUACAUGCAGCUCUGGGUGUAAACGCUGCCGAGACCUUUCGUUGGCCUGUGUUGGAGGUUAACUGGCAGGAGGGGGAGGGGGACUGGUGCAGCUCUGUUCCUGUUCUAUUUCCCUCCUGGUGGUCUUGGGACCGCUGUCAUUUCUGGGGCUUUUGGCAGGUGGGGGUUCCAUGUUACAGAUGGAGAAACUGAGGCAGGCAGGGAUCAAGGGCUUGGCCAGGGUCCCACUCCCCUUCCAGGGAUCAGGUUGAAGGCUUUGUGACUUGACCCCAUGGGGCUCAGGCUCCCAGGCUGCCCCUCCCUGCAGUGUGCAGGAGACCUCCUCCUCUCUGAGAUCUCUGGGCCUCCUCCCGGGGAGCAGCCUCUCCCCACCAUCCGUGCUCUCAGAGCUCUCUCUCUCUCAUUGUGGGCAGGUCCUCCUGAGUCCUUCUCCCUCCCCAGCCCAGCUGCAACAGGACCCAAGCCCGGAACCAGAGACAUGGCCCCCGGCAGCCGGAACCCCUCAGCCCAGGAAUUGGUGACAAUCGAGGAUAUUGUGGUGGAUUUCACUGAGGAGGAGUGGGGGCUCCUGGACCUUUCUCAGAAGAUGCUGUACAAGGAGGUCAUGCUGGAGAAUGUCCAAAAUCUAGUGUCCCUGGGAGUUGAUGACUUUCAAGGAUGUGAUGUUGGACUUCACUAAGGAGGAGUUGGGGGCUUUUGGAUCCUUCUCAAAAGGAGCUGUACAAGGAGGUCAUGCUGGAGAGUGUCCAGAAUCUGCUGUCCCUGGGUAAGGACCAUUUCCUGUCUUUGCUUGGUUUUAGUUGUAAGGCCAAAUACAGGAUAAGCAGGAAAGAAUGGAUGUAUACUCUGGUGCAUCUCAGCCUUAGGUGCUAGGUCCUCUGGGUGCUCCAACUCUCAAUCCACUUUCAAUUUCCAAUUUCACUUGGAGCGCCAGUCUUGCUAAAUAUUAGACAAUCCAUACUGGAGCCAAACCUCAUGAGUCUGGUGAAUAUAGCACAGCUUUGACUUAUCAUUUUGAGCGUAUUUAAGAGAAGAAGGUCCCCACUUGAGGGAGACCUUAUGCACAUGACCAACAUAGUAAUACCUUCCAGUACCAAUCAUCUCUUAUUUCCCACCUCAGAGUUCAUGUCAGACAAAAUCUGAUCAUUAUCAUGGAUAAGCAAAGACAUUCAAAUGGAAUUCAGUAUUUUUUCCCUAUGGGAGAGAUCACAUUAAGCAGCAGAUUCCUGGGCACUCAUGGGGGAAGGCUUUCAACCAGAGGUCACCUUUUACUUCUCUCUGAGGAUUCAUUGAAAAGUCUUAGAAAUAGGUUCAUGUGGCUGUGCUUUUCUCUGGAAGAGGGUGAUCAGCAGACAACUUUAUUGCUAAUAGAAGAAAGAUGGAUAAAGGCUGUGCUUGGAGCUUCUAGAGCUGAUAUUUGACUGUCUUCUGGAGAAAUCCUGCUGGAGAUGAAACGUGGGGAUCUCAUACACAAGGGAAGGUCUCCUUCUGCAGCACAGCCUUCAUUAGAUUUUCAACAGAAUGAAAUAUUCAUGAAAUAGCCCAAAUUUCCAUCCUAUUGUGAGGGGAGGAGAAACUGAGGCAGAGUUCUGAGCCCAAACCCUUUAUUAGAGGAGUCUGAUUCUCCUCUAAGUAGACUCUCCCAUCUGGCUCUCCCAUCUGAGUUGCUCCUUUUUUUCUCAGCUCUAUUACAGGAGUACAAGUAUCUUAUCAAUAGAACAGCAUUUCAUUGGUUACUAUAAAAUGCAUUGGGUAAAAUACAGAUAUCAUCAGGGCCAUAAGGUUUCAGGAUGGCCAAUGCAGGAAAUCUAUCCACUGACUAAGUGGUCAUAAACUGGAUGAUCUUCCCCCUCGGCUUGGGCCAGGGAAGUGGGGCCUUUCAGUGAUCAGGAGGUGGAUGAGCCAUUCCUGGGGUUGGGCAAGUACAGAUUGCACAUCCCCAAGGACAAUUUCUAGGACUUAGGGACAUGUAUAAUUCCUCAUAUUGAUUCAUGUUAUUUGUUACAUCACUACUAGCCUGGGUUACUAUGUGCUUAUGUAAUUUAUGUAAGUAUGUAUAAUACCUCCCCAGUUAAUAUUAUGUAUACCUGUUUCAAGUGAGACCCUUCAGAAACCCGCUAAUCUGAUUUGAUUUCCCAUUUCCUUUGGUGUUUUCAUUUCCCUUCCUGAGAUGUCAUGGAGGGCUUGAUCACCUCCUUUUUUGGUGUUUUCACCCUUUUUUGAGGAGUCAGGGAAGGCGUGAUCAUCUCCUUUGGGAGUUCUCACCUUCUUGAGAAGUCAGGGAGAGUGACCACCUUAUGUUCUAAAACAAAAGAAAGUGGGAGAUGUUAUGGGUCAGAAUUCUGAACUUCUUACAAGGUACUAAACUUAGUGGAAUUGGUGAUAUAAUGGUUAUCUAGUUUAGCAUGGUGCUUUGUGAUGAGCCAGAAUCUGAAACCAGGUGCUGUCAGUGGAAUUGAUAGAGACAAUGGUUAUUUAGCAUAGUGCUUAACAGUUCUCUAGUUCAGUACAUGUACUUAGUAUAGUACUUACUAUAGUUCUAAAAGCUUCACACUUUUAAGAGAACAUAUAUAUGCUAGGAGCCUCAACCAGGAUUCAGUUAGGGAGAUUCAGGAGCCAGAGAAGGUGGCAGGAGCUUAAGCUCUCAGAACCAAGGAGAGAGUUAGGCCUUUAAGAAAGCUAACCAGGCAGCAGGGAGGGAGACAAGACUUGGAAAGAGACAAUAAAAGAUUUGGACUUUAAUCCCUGGCUGCACUUGUGGUGAUUACUGAACUGAAACGAAGGUUGCCUCUAGAGACUCCAAAGGAAACCCAAUAAGAGAUUACAUUUUAAAGAGAAUAUUACAGUGCUUAAUAGUUCUCUAAGUUCAUUAUGAUUGAUUUAAUCUUACAACAAAUAAUGGUUUCCUAGUGAUAUAAUGAUUGGUUGAUACUCAGUGUAGAGCAUAUAAGUUAGGAGCCUUUGGUAGGUUCAGUCAGAGAGAGGCAGAGAAGAAGAAACAAGAGAACUGGAGGCAGGAGCUUCAGCUUUCCGAGCCAAGGAGACAAAUUCAUUUCACCUUCAGUCAGGCUUCUGGUGACUGGCCUGGCCGCCUGCACUUCCCCUGCUGAGACCAAGGCCUGUCUGAAAGAUUUUCCAGAAAGCUGUCCACCCCCAGGCAAGGAGACAAAAAGGAUUUGGACUUUAACAUCUGGCUAUUCUUGUGGUGAUUACUGAACUGAAACGAAGGCUGCUCCCAAGACUCCCAGAGACCCCAAGAAAACCCAACCAGAGAACUUUACAACUGACUAUGAUUUCUUCAGCCAUUCUCCAAUUUCUUGGUGUUUACUUUGUUUUCUGUGGUUUCUACCACAAAAUAUCCUUGCAUAAAUGUUUUGCUAACAUGACAUGAAUUUCUGUAAUCUUUCUUUAUGCCACUUAGUGGCACAAUGGAUUAAAUGUUGUGUUUGAA